UGAAAAGUAUUGUCAACUAACAUAGUCGUGUAUUUUUAGUAUUAUUCGAAAUGAUUUUAAAUGAAAUAUAAGCCUUGUUGCAAAGGGACUUAGACAGCUGUUGUAAAUAAUUAACUUUUUUUUCAGAAGUAGUGUGUACUUAAUGAGGUGUCCCUGGUGCUUUAGAAUGGUUAAAACCUUUAUUAAAUACACCAUUGGAGAUGAGGUCGGAACACUUGGCUUUUAUUAUCAUAUUAAUCAUCUCAGGACAACUCUAUGCAGAAGAGAAACCCUGUGGUUUUCCUACUGUGGAAAAUGGAAGGAUUGCUCAAUACUACUAUACUUUUGAAAGUUAUUAUUUUCCAAUGGGCCUAAACCAAAAUUUAUUAUUUUCCUGCUUGGCUGGUUAUACAACUGAAACUGGGAAGCAAGAGGCACGGACCACAUGUACAGCAGCUGGCUGGUCCCCAGACCCACGAUGCUUCAAAAAAUGCCCUAAGCCUGACUUGAGAAAUGGUUAUAUCCUGGAUACAAAAUUAUUUUACAAAAUUCAAGAGAACAUGCAUUAUGGUUGCUCGUCCGGAUACAAAACCACUGCAGGGCAGGAUGAAGAAGUGGUUCAGUGCCUUGCUGGUGGAUGGUCUUCUCAGCCUACCUGUAGGAAGGAACAUGAAACCUGCUUAGCCCCUGAAUUACAUCAUGGAAGUUAUUCCACAACCCAGAAAACGUUCAAAGUGAAAGACAAAGUGCGGUACGAAUGUGCCCCUGGGUACCACACAGCUUCUGGGAAGAGGACGGAGGAAGUGGAGUGUCACCCAUACGGAUGGGCCCUCACCCCACGAUGUGCCAAAUUAAAAUGCUCUUCUUUAAGGUUAAUAGAAAAUGGCUAUUUUCAUCCUGUAAAGCAAACCUAUGAAGAAGGAGAUGUAGUUCAGUUUUUCUGUCAUAAAAAUUAUCAUCUCAGUGGAGCUGACUUAAUUCAGUGCUAUAACUUUGGUUGGUACCCAGAAUCUCCGGUCUGUGAAGGAAGAAGAAACCGAUGUCCUCCUCCACCUCUGCCUCUGAAUUCCAGAGUUCAAACAUACUCCAUCGCUUACCGUCAUGGAGAAACGGUUCGAAUUGAAUGCGGACUUAACUUUGGGAUACGGGGAUCGGAAGAGAUACGCUGUGAGAAUGGAAAAUGGACAGAGCCUCCCCAAUGCGUCGAAGAAAAUGAGAGGACAGCCUGCAAGGAGCCACCCUUUGUUGAGAAUGGUACAGCAAACCCACGCUCUAAGCUUUAUUACAGUGGGGAUAAAGUGACAUACACGUGUGAAAGUGGCUAUCAUCUCCGUGGACCAGGAGAAAUAAUAUGCACACGUGGAAAGUGGACCCUCCCUCCUGCGUGUGUCGAAAAUACUGAGAAUUGUAAUCCUCCACCUGAUAUAAUAAAUGGGGCUGUUAUUGGUGGAUUAUUGGCAAACUACACAGCGGGAUCCUCGGUGGAAUAUAGAUGCAAUGAGUAUUACUUAUUAAAAGGAGCAAAAAUAUCUCAUUGUGAACAAGGGAAAUGGUCGACCCCACCUGUUUGCUUAGAGCCGUGUAGUGUUGACGUGGAUCACUUGAGCAGAAAUAACCUAGAGAUGAAGUGGAAUUAUGAAGGAAAGAUCUUACAUGGGGACUUAAUUGAUUUUGUAUGCAAACAAGGAUAUGACUUGUCUCCAUCAUCCCCGCUCUCAGAACUGUCCGUGCAGUGCAACAGAGGAGAAGUGAAAUAUCCUUUAUGUAUUAGAAAAGAAUCUAGAAGAAUGUGUGCAACUCCCCCACUUAUUAAAAAUGGAGUUACUGUGAGUCCAGCAGCAGGCGCCUAUGAAAAUGGCUCCUCGGUGGAAUACAGGUGUUUCGAUCACCAUUUCCUGCAAGGGUCUAGGAAGUCCCAUUGUCUAGAGGGAGUGUGGACCCCCCCGCCACUGUGUUUGGAACCUUGCACAUUAUCUUAUGUUAAAAUGGAACAUAAUAAUUUACUCCUUAAAUGGACUUUUGACAAUAGGCCAUAUAUUCUCCAUGGCGAAUAUAUUGAGUUUCUUUGUAAGGGAGAUACUUAUAUAGCUGAGUUACCUGUUAUCGGAUCUGAACUUCGAGUGCAAUGUGACAGAGGGCAGUUAAAAUACCCAAGAUGCGUUCAAAGAGAAAGGUUGAAGGAAGAGCUAUUCGUCUGGUGGUGGUUACAGUUCAUUCAGAAGCACUGCCUAGAACUAGGAUCCUUAUUAGGACGGGUGUUGUUACCAGAUGUGCGUUUUUCCUCUUUAGAAGCUAUUCAGUUCAUCUACCUUGUUUUCCUAGUACGAUAAUAUUCUCCAAACUCCUUCAGUUCUUACUGCUGGGCUGUGACAUCUUCUCUGGAAUUAAGGCCACCCCUAAACUUAACCCUGUGGAUUAAAUACUAAUUCAUCCAAUGUUAAAACAUGUAUGUUUUAACACUGUCCUUCCUUGAGGUCACAUUCAUGAUUUCAGUGAAUUUCCAAGAGUAGUUUUUCUCAGAUGCUCUCAUAAAAUUGAAAUCUGAUGGAAAAUAAACAUCAAC